AUGGCACUCCUGCGGGUGGAUGCUGAGGUGGAGCUCCUCACAGACGUAGGAGCAAAACCCGUGCGUGAGCAGCUGCAAGCUGUGGAGUUUGUUGUGCGCAACGCCAAGACGUCCAUUGCGUGGCCGCUGCCGUCAGGGCAGCAGGAGCUCUCAAUGGCGGGGGAUGUGACACUUGGUGAGGCGGUAGGAGAGGUGGAGCGGUUACUGGGGCCAUCACUGCUCUUCCACGCCCCAUUGGGUGGGCAACUGUCAAAGGAGUUCCGGGCAUUGGUUCGCCGCGGGCUUGCGCGUGUGCUGACAAAUCUGGUGCUCCAGCAACUCCACGACACAGAGCGGCAAGCGAACGCACGCGUUGGAGAUGUCACAGAGGAAGAGGAUGUUGGUAGCAGUAGCGUUGCGGCUCAGUACGUUUCGAUAGAGAAGCGUGCCCACAACACGGAGGUGGCACGGGUCCACUGGUCGCCGCAGCUGCUGCAGCAUCUUCUUCUUCGUACCGCUUCUGAUGCGUUGCAUUUCACUGCCUCGCUGCCAAUGGCGGCGACGUUGAUCCCCCUCAUAGAGGACCUCGAGGCUGCGUCCCUAACCCACGGAUCAGGCACCAUUGACCGCCCCGAUGUGCACAGGACGUGCCGACUUGCAUUCGCGUUCAAACGUUUGGAUGUUGUCAGGCAGAGCCUCCACGACGAGCACAAUGCGGACCGCUUAGGUGCCUUUCUUUACCAUUCGUACCUCAAACCUGCGGAGCAGAUGCGGGAGGCGGGUGGUGAAUCACUCCAGCCACCGCUGCUGCAGCUGCGCGACGCUGCCGACUGCUACCAGCGUGCGCUGGGCCUGGCGCAGGCGGGGCUUCGCUACCCGUACCGUCAUGUCCUGCAGCCGCCGCCGUCGCUUGAAGACCGCGAGGCGAACGCUGCCGAUGACGACAUGGACGACGAAUGUGCCGCACUCAUUGGCGGUGAGCGGGACAUAGCGCCAGCGAACCGGUAUCUGAAUUUGCUGCUGGGUCUCCAGCGAGGCGCAGCAGGAGCCGAAGAGGUGGAGUGUCUCUACGGCGAUCCCCUACUGGCGAAUGGGCGUGUCGUGUUUCCACGCGCGCACGCACUCUUCCACGUGUGGUAUGCGCUGCACCGCCAGGUGGUGGUGGCCGCAGCCAAUGCCGCGCACACGCUGCUGCUGAUGCAGCCCUCUACCACGCCGGGUGCGUCGUGCAAGGGCGGUGGGUACGUAGCGAAGGAGCUGCAACAACGACAGGUGCGGGUGGCGCGGUGGUGUGUUCGUGUGCUGAGUAUUCUUCAGCGCCUCUGUGGGUGGUGUGGUGAUGCGGUGCGUCACGAGGCGGACGCCCCAUCGGAUGCGGAAAAGGAGUUGCUCUGGUUGUACACUAUCAAGUUCAAAAUUCUUCUUCGACGGGCAAAAUUGUUGCGCGUUGCGGGCGCCCUCGAUGAAAGCCAGAAGGCUUAUGAAGAAGCAGAAGAGCAGCUACGAGCCCUUUCGACCCGGCAGCAGCAGCUACUGGGAAGCGUCCUGCAGGACGUCAGCUCCCAACUCGCGCGGGAGAAAACCCUUCUCGGCGACGCAGUGAGGCAGGGGGGUGGCCUGGUCUUGCGGCUGUAA